CUGGUCAUCUCCUGUACUGUGUCCGCAGUCUCUGGUCAUCUCCUGUACUGUGUCCGCAGUCUCUGGUCAUCUCCUGUACUGUGUCCGCAGUCUCUGGUCAUCUCCUGUACUGUGUCCGCAGUCUCUGGUCAUCUCCUGUACUGUGUCCGCAGUCUCUGGUCAUCUCCUGUACUGUGUCCGCAGUCUCUGGUCAUCUCCUGUACUGUGUCCGCAGUCUCUGGUCAUCCCCUGUACUAUGUCCGCAGUCUCUGGUCAUCCCCUGAACUGUGUCCGCAGUCUCUGGUCAUCUCCUGUACUGUGUCCGCAGUCUCUGGUCAUCUCCUGUACUAUGUCUGCAGUCCAUUAGUUCAGAAUUUUUUUUUCCUGUUUUCUGCCUCUAAAACCUAGGUGCGUCUUAUGGUCAGGUGCGUCUUAUGGAGCGAAAAAUACGGUACAUUUAUUUUCCUCCAGACGUAAAGCGUGCCCCCUUGUCCUCUGUGAUCACCUCAAGGUGAAUAACUCUACACCGAGUUCACUAUAUG